UACCGGAAGCAGGAAGCAGCGGCGGGCGGAGGGUCCCGGCGGCGCUUUGGUUUAUCUGGAUCGUGGAUUGGGCAAUCCUGAGCCCCAGCGUGGCAUUCCCGGUGUAAUAUCCUUGGGAUGUUCCAGCUGGAUGAGAGCUAGAAGAGCUGGGAACGAAGGCAGCAGUGCAGGAAUCUGGGAGGAUGGAUACACUGAGGGACCGGACAGUGGAGGAGCUCCGGGAGCUGCAGGAGGAUUCCCAGGAGAUUGAGCGCUUGGCUUUGGAAUCCCAGGAGGUUCAGGAGCUCCAGCUGGAAAGGGAGAUGGCCCUGGCUGCCAACCGGAGCUUGGCCGAGCAGAACCUGAAAUUCCAGGCGCCGCUGGAGACGGGACGCAGCGACCUGUCCAAGAAAUACCAGGAGCUGCAGGAGCUGGCUGGGAGGUGCAGAGAGCAGAAGGAAAAGCUGGAGAAAUUCUCGGCAGCGCUGCAGCCUCAGACUUUGCUGGAUCUCCUGCAGGUGGAAAGCCAGAAGAUUGAAGAGGAAUCUGAGAAAAUGGCUGAGAAAUUCCUGGAGGGCGAGGUGCCCCUGGAGACAUUCCUGGAGCAGUUUUCUGGGAUGAGGAAGUUGUUCCACAUGCGCCGGGUCCGAGUGGAAAAGCUGCAGGAGAUUGUGAGGAAGUCAGAGGGAUCCCAGGAGCACACCAGGGACUCUCAGCGCCCUCCUCCUCCUCCUCUUCCUCCUCCUCAUGUUCCCACAGAUCCACCAAAACCCUUCCCAUCGGGAUCUCCGGCCUUCCCUCUACCCUAGCCCAGCUCCCAGGCCACCUUUCCCUACCCGCUUCCUCCAGCUCCCGGAUAUCCAGCGGCUUCCGCUGCUGACUCUGCGCCAGGGUAUCCCAAAUCCACCUCAGGAGGCUUUUCCUGGUCUCCAUCCCGGGGCCCACCACAGCCCUUGCCCUAUCCUGCUCCCCAUCCCUCUCCUCCCGCUGCCAGACCGGGAUACUCUCCCUACAUCCCACCUGGAGCAGGGAGACCGCAGUGUCCGUACCCCACUCAGCCCCCUCUCCCGAAUUUCCCGAUCCCAACGCAGGCUCCCUAUUCUGGGCCUCCCCCACCCUUUGGAUACCCCCCACCUCCAAACCCUCAGCGUCCUCCCUGGCCUGGAUACUAAUCCAGGACUUCAGGGGAAGCAUCCUGUGCUGAUUCCUCCUUUUUUUGGGGACUGAGGAAGAGGAGAGAUCCCAGAGUGUUGCUCCUGGAUCCGUCAGUGCAAAGGAAUUACACAGGAUAAGUCACAGCUCUGGAGGUCGGAGUGAGAGGCAGAGCCAGACCGCAGAAAUCUGGAGAGGAGAAACCUCCAGGGAAACCUUGGAGCACUUUCCAGUGCCUAGGGGGGCUCCAACAAAACUGGACAAGGACUUGGAGUGGUGGGAUAAUGGGGAAUGGCUUCACACUGUUAAAGGGUGGGUUUAGAUGGGAUUUUGGGAGGAACUUCUUCCCUGUGAUGGUGGUGAGACCCUGGAAUGGAUUUCCCAGGGAAGUUAUGGCUGCUCCACCCCUGGAAAUGUCCGAGGCCAGGUUGGACGGGACUUGGAGCAACCUGGGCCAACGGAAAGGGUUUGGAAGUGUCUGAUCCCUAAGAUCCCUUUCCACCCAAACCAUUCCAGGGCCAUCAGUGGGAGUCGGUGAUUCCCACCUGGGCCUGGGCAGCCUCCAGUAUUCCCGACCUCCCGUGUGGUGUUUGGGCUCCUCACAUCCCCCUUCUCAGGAAACACUUGGAAACAGAGGGAAUGACAAACGAUGGAAAUGGGAUUUGCUUUGCUCAGCACUUUAUCCUUCAAAUCCUGCCUGUAUCCCUUUAAAUUAUUUAUAAGGAACUAUUACUAAUGGACUAGGAUGAGGGAUUGAUGGAAGCAAUUCCAUCUCUGGGAUUAAUUAGAAUAAUAAAACUGGAUGAAUUAAUUGCA